AUGAAGGUCACCCUCGCCCUCUCCCUCCUUCCUCUGGCUAUCGCCUCGCCAACGUACCCAGCCUCUCAGAAGCCCAAGCCAGCUCCAGGUCUUGCCGACCUCGCGAAGAAGGCAGGCCUGAAGUACUUCGGCACAGCGAUCGACAACGUCGUCCUCGACAACAAACAAUACACCGACAUUGCCUUCAACAAGUCCGAGUUCAACCAGGUCACCCCCGCCAACGGCCAGAAAUGGGUCAACAUCGAGCCAUCCCGCAAUGUCUUCAACUACACUCUCGGCGACCAAAUCGUCGUGCCCAGCAAGAAAGCAGGCCAGCUGCGCCGCUGCCACAACUUCGUCUGGCAUCAGCAGCUCCCCACGUGGCUCACAUCCCAAAAGUGGAGCAAGCAGGAGCUCAUCGACAUCCUCGAGAACCACAUCAAGAACGAAGCCCGCCACUACUACAACGACUGCUACGCCUGGGACGUGGUCAACGAAGCCUUCAACGACAACGGCACGUACCGCUCCGACAUUUGGCUCGACACCAUCGGGCCGUCUUACAUCGAGUACGCGUUCAAAUUCGCGCGCAAGUACACCGCGCCGGGCACGAAGCUGUACUAUAACGAUUACAACAUGGAGACUGUGAACAACAAGACCCUCGCUGUGCAGGCCCUGGUCAAGGACUUCCAGAAGCGGCGCGUCCCUAUUGAUGGAAUCGGUCUGCAAGCGCACUUCGUCACCGGCAGCUCGCCGAGCUACGACCAGAUCCGCGCGGCGCAGCAACUCUACACGUCGCUCGGUCUUGAAACCGCGCUCACGGAGUUGGAUGUGCGCACCGCGUUGCCCGACGACGCGACCAAACAGGCCACCCAGGCGAAGAACUAUGCUGACUCGGUUAAGGCAUGUGUGGAUGAGGAGCGCUGCGUCGGAGUCACAGUUUGGGAUUUCUGGGACCCCGUGUCGUGGGUGCCGUCCACCUUUCCGGGGCAGGGGAAUGCGACGCUGUACAACACUGAUUUCAGCCGCAAGCCGGCGUACUAUGCUGUUGCGGAUGUGCUGAAGGCUGCUGCGAAGUAG